AUUAUUCAAGUAAUUCACUUCAAUUAGGACGUAGGGAGAAGGCACACAUAAUGAAAUUUAAAGAAAUACUAUUUGUAUUGGCUAUAGGAACUGCUAUUAAUGCAGAAUAUGUAAGCUAUGAGAAUUACAAAGUUUACAAAGUAGUACCUGAAACUGAUAAUGAAGUACAAAUACUUUUGGAUUUACAAAAGAAUGUAGAUUAUGUAUUUUGGAGUGAUAUAAUUGCUAAAGAUAGUGAUGUGAAGAUUAUGGUGGCGCCAAAGAAUCAAGAGGAAUUCGAAAACUAUUUCAAGAAUGUCGGUAUUCCGACCAAAGUCGCUAUCGAUAACGUACAAGAUGCAAUCGAUGCUCAGAAGCGUCGCCCUCUUGACAGAAACCUCAACAACUAC